CGUUUUACAACACUGCUCUCCACCUGCAGCUGAUGGUUGGGCUCGAACCAAAUAUUUUGAUUUAUCCGAAAAAUGGCUUUAUCCCGAGCUAAAACCGACGACCUGCCCAAAGAUGCCGUUGUCAUCACAGAGGAUCAGGCCCUGAAGUACCAAUGGAAGAUCAUAACUGCCUGGGACAAAAUUGGCGAUGUAUGGUCCCUGCGCUACGGUCCCGGAAUUCUUAGUGCCAUGGCCGCCGGAACGGGCGCCUACAUCAAUAACCACUAUCGCACCAAGCUGCGACUGGGAGGACAUGGUCGGUUGUCCAGCUACCUGCCCAUUGUCGCUGUUCCCGCCAUUUUCACCAUGCUGGCGCACAAAUUCUUCAUCCAGAGACCUAUUCUGCUGAAUCCACUGGGCGAGUGCCCGGUAUGCAUUCAGGUGCGCAGUGCCUUCUUUCAAACCAGCCUGGGCAUUGUGUAUCCCACGAUCUUGGCUCCAUUCGCCGCAUUUAUGUUUGCCACCAGAUGCUACACAUACCGCAUUCCCUCGAUCACGGAGAAUCCGCGCGAGGUGUUCCAGUUGUGGCGAAAGAUCACCCGGCCCAUUGUGCCCGCUUUGGGUACCAUCAUCUGCCUUCAGGCCCUAAUCACUAUGUUCCUCACCGGCCAGGAGGACAAGCAGAACUUCAAUCUGAUGCUGCGCAUGCGGGAGAUCGAGCACCAGCUGGAGGAGGAACACCUGCCUCAGCGAAUCGACUUUUAAUUGUUUUUAUCUUGUUAACUGGCUGAAAUAGAGACGCAUUUUUGGAUUACUUUAAA